AUGAGGUGCCAGAAACAUCUCUCCGACCUCAGCAGCAGCGUCGGCGUCUGCGCUUCUUGUCUCCGUGAACGCCUCUUCGUCCUCAUCGCUGCUCAAGCCCGAGCCCAGGCCGAAGAGUGCCGGAAAUCUGACCCACAUCCGCAGCCGCUCGUCUUCCCCCGCUCCGUCUCUCCUUACGUCUGCCGCCGCUCGGACGACUCUUCCUGGCACCACAAUCACUUCGAUCAACGGUUUUAUAGUACUCCUCAAGUGGGUCCCACCUCAAACACCGCCGCGUACGGCCGUAAGAAGAAACAUAGUAAGUUCUCUCUGUUCACCUCUCUUUUCACCUCCAGAUCGGACGACCAUCGACGCAAGCACGACCCGCAUGAAUCUAGAAUUUCUAGGGCUUCAAGAGAUUCAAUUUCCACUUUAUCGUCCUCUCCGAUCUCAUCUUCCUGGUUCUCGUCUAUUCUCCCUGGUCGCCGCAAAAAACAAUCUCGGCUAUUCUCCUUCGACGAGACCACCACCACCACUACCACGGUCACUGGUAGUCGUCGGCCAUGCCGGGCGAGAGAUCGGGGAAUGUCGCCGGCGAAGGACAACGAUGAUGAUCCAUACUACGAAGACUACGACGGCUCUCCUUGGGCAAGUGGGUACUCGUCGGAUGCCUCCCAAAGCCGACGGAACCAUGUGACGACGGCGCCGCCAGUCCGACGGCGUGGACCCGCACAGCACAGCCGAAACGUUUCGGGGCUGGCGUUUUGUUUGAGCCCGUUGGUGCGGGCGAGCCCCAAUACCCACCGAAACAUUGGGUUCUCCGGGGAGAUAGGGUUUUCCGGUGAGAUCAGGGUACCGUCGUCGAACAAGCCGCAUCGUCUGUCGACGGCCGCUUCAUUCUGUGCGAACAGAUCAAGAAAGCUUGCAGAUUUCGGGAAGUACAACAACUACAACCCUUGA